GGAGACUACAGGACUGGGAAGAGAUUAAACAUGAGGAAAGUCAUUCCAUACAUCGCCAGUCAGUUCAGGAAAGACAAAAUCUGGCUCCGUCGUACCAAACCCAGCAAACGACAGUACCAGAUCAUGCUGGCUAUAGACGACUCCUCAAGUAUGGUGGACAACCACUCCAAACAGUUGGCCUUUGAGUCCCUGGCGUUGAUUUCUAAUGCUCUGACUUUGUUAGAGGCGGGAGAUCUAAGUAUCUGCAGUUUUGGAGAGUCUGUACAAGUCCUUCACCCGUUUACUGAGCAGUUCACAAGUCACUCCGGGUCCAGAUUGUUACAGCAGUUUACAUUUGAACAGAAGAAAACCAAAGUGGCUCAGCUUUUGAAGAAAGCCACAUCAGUGAUGCUGGACGCUCGGUCCCGACAGCGGGGAAUGCUGGGUAAUCCUGAGACUUCACAGUUACUGCUGAUCGUGUCUGAUGGGCGGGGCUUGUUUAAUGAGGGAAUGGAGACGGUCAGAUCGGCCGUCAGACAGGCGCGGGAGGCUGGGGUGUUCCUGGUGUUUGUUAUCAUUGAUAAUCCCCAGAACAAGGAUUCUAUAUUAGAUAUAAAUGUCCCAGUUUUUAGAAGCAGAAGCCAGCUUCCAGAAAUCAAUCCCUACAUGGAUUACUUCCCUUUUCCUUUCUACAUCGUACUGCGAGACAUUAACUCCCUUCCUCACGUGUUGUGUGACGCCUUAAGACAAUGGUUUGAACUUGUGACAGCAGUGGAUGUUUAA